UGGGUGUAUAACAUCCUUCAGAAGCGGGCAGAGGUUGAAAGAAUAGUUUUUGAAGAUCCACACCCACAAACUGGCUUUGUUCUCCUGCCUGACUUUAAAUGGGACCAAAAACAGGAGGAUGAUCUGUACCUGAUUGCCAUCAUUCGUCGAAGGAACAUCAGGACCCUGAGGGACCUGACGGCACAACACAUACCUAUGCUGAUGAAUGUCUUCUGCAAAGGACAGCGACGUAAUGGACCGCAACUGCUACAGUAAGAUUGUAUUCCGAGCCGUCCCUGAACGCACCGUUGCAGGACUGAGGACGCUGAGGCGAAUCCAAUCAGUGGACAGAGUCGGAGGAGCAACUGUAACAGUAACAGCAGCAGCAGCAGCGACGCUCAUGUCUUGGUUCCAAUCUCUGAGAGAUGACUUCACUCUGAGGCCGUUUGAGAUCCAGCACUCACACAGCAGCAGCAACAGCGCCACCAUGGCUUCUGAGUCUCCAGAUGUCAUGGCCAAUCAGGAGCCUGCCGAGGCCCAAGAAGAGUGCUCAGGAAAGAAAAAGUCCAAAUUCCAGACCUUCAAAAAAUUAUUUGCCAGAAAGAAGAGAAAGGAAGCAGCCGGAGCGGAGGCGGGGAUGAAAUCCAGUCAAUCGAGCGACAACGUCAGCAAGACGUCAGAGGAGAACACGCUGACUCGAUCAGAGAAGGAGACAGGCUCCGGGUCAAAGAUCAGCCUGGGCAACAAGGCCUUGUCUCACGACUCCAUCUUCGUCUCGGACUCAUCGGAGGCCAACGAGGCUCUGGGGGCGUCUCAGGACAGCAUUCACGGGAAAGUCAAAUCCCUGCAGCUCCAGCUGAAACAGGCCAUCAGACUGGGCUCUCCUCCGUCUCUGAUGUGUGUGAAGAAGAUGGAAGAUGCCGGCACCACGUCUGAGGACGACGGUCUACCCUGCAGUCCCCCUGAGUACACCACACCUCAGGCAGCGAUGAAACAGACUCACAGCAGCAGCAGCGUCAGUCUGGAGGCAGUAGGGGGCGACGAUGGCCAGCUCCCCUGUGCGUCCUCCAGCAGAGGAGUGAGCCCCCUGGUGGCUCCUGGAGACUUCAGUCAAGCGGCCAGUCCUAUGGCCUGUCUGGACAACUCUGCUGCAAAACACAAACUGGGACUAAGACACAAGGCCUGCAACAGGAGGAAACCUGCCAGGAAACUGGAGCCAAGAACCGAGGGACAAGACAUGAUGGACGGAACACUGGACACAUCAGUGUCAGAACCUAAGGAGGAGCCAGAACAAGUUGUAAGUUUAGAAGAGCUUAAAUCAGGGUUCACGAGGGAAAUGGAAGAAGAGAACGACAAAGAUGAGGAUGAUACGGAGGACGAGGAGGAGGAGGAGGAGGAAGAGCCGUCACAACAUUUCAGAAAAUCCCUGUUGAGCUACAGUGAGGAGUCGGUGGAGGAAGAGGAUUCCCAGUCAGAGGACGAACAGGAUAUUUCCCACAACCUGGACACUUCCUGUCCUCCUGAGGAGGACACGCCUGACCCUCUCCACUUGUCCAGUCCCAGCUCAGGAACCUCCUCUCUGGACACUCCCAGAGCCUCGCCCGAGCCUCCUGCUGGUCCAAGAGAGUAUUUACUUGAUCCUCUGAGCACUGCAUAUGAGUCAGUGGAGGACGAGGUUGAAAGUAGGUUAUUACAAAAGGAAGAAGAAGAAGAAGAAGAAACUAGUGAGAAGGAAGAGGAGGAGGAAGAAGAGGAGGAGGAAGAGUCCUUGUUGCAAGAGGUUUUGAGUUCCUUGAAAACUCCUCUCGUGUCCUGUCCAAUAAGCGUCAAGACUGAGGAAGUCUUCUUGGAGUUGGAGACAAGGAAGGAGGAGGAGGAGGAAGCAGUAGAGGUCAAAGAUCAAGAGGAAGAGGAGAAGAAAGAAGAGAGGAGUGAAGUGGAGGAGCUUUUCAGCUAUCAGUGUCACAACGCCUUCACCAAGGAAGAGGAGGAAAAGGAGGAGGAGGAGGAGGAGGAUGGAGGGAGAUUUACUCCUUCCUGUCAGGAAAAGUUGGUUUCCACUGAACAAGAGAGAAAAAGUGACAACGAAGAACCAGAGGAAGAGGAGGAGGAGGAAGAUGGACAACUUGUCAAUGAUCAGGAGGAAGACGAAGCUGCAGAGGACGAUGAGACGGAGGAGCACAAACCUGAGGAGAAAAGUUUCACAGACACAGGAGAAUCUGAAAUCCAGGCACAAGAUGUGAGAGACGACAAAGAAACUGAAAUGGAGCAGGAAGAAGAGGAGGAGGAGGAGGAGGAGGAAGAAGAGGAGAGGGUGACACUGGAGCUACAGAAAGAACAAGAGUUUGAUGAGGAGCAAUGGGAGAGCAGAGAAACCCAUGAUGAAGAGGAGGAAGAGGAGGAGGUAGACGUGCAGCAAGUCAGUUUGAGAGUGGAGAUGGAGGAAGAACUUGAAGCAGAGGAGGAGGGGGAUGAAGAGGAGGGGGAGGAGGAGAGUGUCUGUGAUGCAGCAGAGGAAGAGACAGGAGUUCUGGUGUCAUUAGGAGGAGCAGAAAGAGGUGAAGGUGACAAUGCUGCAUCUGAAACGAAACAAGGUGAUGAUGAUGAAGAGGAGGAGGAUGAAAUCCUGAGCAAACCUUCUGAUGAGUCACAUGAUGAAGUGAUGAAGGACACAGAAGUCUCUGAAGUGGCAGAAGAAAAUGUUGAGGUCACCGCUGAACAAGAAUGGGAGCAGGAAACACAGGAAGUUGAUGAAGACGAAUCUGAAGAAGAAGAAGAAGAAGUGACAAAAGACUCUGAUCGUGAACUGAAACAGGAAGAAGAAGAAAAAACUGAAGUCCUGGAGGAAGUUGUUAGUCCUGCCAGGCUUCCUUCUUUGACUCUGGCUGACUCGCCUUGUAGGCCUUCAUCUCCAGAAGGUGGCGCUGUGUCUCCUCCUCUUUCUCCCACCAAGUCUGCAACAACCACUGUCCACAUUAACCUGGUCUCUCCCAGCGCAGAGAAACCUCCUCCAGUCUUCCGACAGGUGGCAGAAACUGUUGACGCAGCAGAAAAGCAGGAAAUGGCGGCGACAGAUGAGGAUCAACCCGUGGCCUCUGUGGAUGACACGGUCCAGCAGACACCCAGUAGGUCAGAGCAGAGUAAAGCCCGCUUCACCAUCGCUCCGGCCUGGCAGAGAUCUCACAGUCUGACUCCUCCCUCCUCUCCUCCCCCCUGCCUCACCCCUGUGUCACCCACUCUUGCUGAAUACAAAGGUGAGGAGUUAGAAACAACAACAGCAGCAGCAGAGAAGGAAAGUGUUGUGAAAGCAGAACCUGUGAGUUCACCUGAGGUCGACGUGGUGUGGAGUCCUGGUAGAGCAAGUAAUUCUGGGAACUCUGCUGCUCCCUUCUCCUCCUCCUCCUCCUCUAAACCCCAGAACUCAGCUGCAGACACAGAAGAAAGCUGCGUCAGAUCUGAGGGAAAUCCUGACAGUCCAUUUGGAAUCCGGCUGAGGAAGACUUCUGCUUCGCACCUCUUCAGCUCUGAGGAGGAAAACACAGAGAUGACUUCCCUCUCUGAAUCUCCGCCUCAGACAACUGCCCCCAGGGUUGAACCACCUCCAACGGUCGGGGUUAAACCAGCAACUAAUCCGUCAGUCAGUCACCGACCUGUCGUUCCUAAAAAACCAGAGAUGCACGGAGAUGGUGGAGGUAAAGCCAAGCUCUUCUCAGACCCGGCAGCAGCUCGUGGUGGUUCUGUUGGAUCGGACUCUCCCAGCUGGAUCUCUAUGGCCAAACAGAAGCAGAAGAUCUACCAGGAGAAGUCCCUGGACAUGACGGUGAAGAAGGAGGAGCAGGAGAAGAAGCCUUCACUGCCCCCACAGGCCAGCAGAGGGCAGGGCAGCAAAACACCUGAAUCCCCAGGAAAGGUGACUUUGCCUGCAGUGAAGGAGGCAAAGAGAGACCUCCCUCCUCCAACUCCAGUUCCAGCUCAGCCUUCUAAGGCCCACCUGCUGCCCUGUGCUGUGCCUCCAAAACCCUACGUUCCACCUUCCACCACCAAACCUGUAGACCAAAGAUCCCGACCAAGUCCAACUCCAGUUCCUGUUCCCCAAAAACCCAACUCUUGCACUAGCCCCUCGUCCCCGCCCAAACCUGUCACCACCUCCCCCUCUAAACCCCUCCCGCCCCAAAGCGCUGCCGUCACACCCACUGCCUUUUCGCUCGUAACAGCUCCAGAAAAAUCCGGUCCCAGAGCGGCUGUCUCCCCCCAGAGAGGCCUGACCGGCCCGCCUCUCCCCCAGGACGAGCCUCCGUGGAUGGCACUGGCCAAGAAGAAGGCCAAAGCCUGGAGUGAGAUGCCCCAGAUUGUCCAGUGAGGGGUCAGGGUGGUGACAGGAUUUUGCACUUUGGUCAGACUUGUCCGUCAGUGACCGUCAGUGUUCCUGACGACAGUACAGUGCCAGAGUCUGGAGGGACAAGAAUGCACUUGAAUGCAUGACCUUUUUUUUUCUUUUUUUUUCUUCAUCCUGGUGUCAUUUUACAUCUUACAUCGAUGGCUUCAGAUCAGCACGAACUGUCCAAUCACGGAGCUGAACACAGGUUUUGUUUUACUUCUGUUUCUUUCUUUUAUGCCUUUGAGUGUUUUUUUUAUUUUAAAGUUUCAGUAUUUAACUUUAGCCAAGCCGUAAUAUUUCAGUCAAAGGUUACAGCAGUGGUACCUAGACCCCACCUCCACACAGUUAUUGAUUCAAAUUUCACUAAAUAUUUUAAACCCCAUCAUUCUUAUAAAACUGCUUUUCUCAUUUAAAAAAUAAAAAUCACUGCAAUAAGACACUGACAUGAAAAUGUAUAUGCCUUGCUGUUUACCCCGUCAUAGCGCUGCCCCUCACUCUAGGAUACAGUAUACACCAGGGGUGGGCAAACUUUUUGCCCCACGGGCUGGUUCAGUGUGGAUUGGAUGUAAAACGCUGGAUAAAGUAAUAUAAAUAAAAUGUACAAGAAUAAACCUAAACCUUCAAAGAUAAUCUGGCACAAAUGAUGUCUGCCGCCAUCUAUUGGCAUCAAUAGAAUUACAGUUGUUUCGUCUUAAUGCAUAAAAUAGAAAGAUAAACAUCAGUCUUUAGCUUACCUGGUAUCAGUGGUGGGCGGUCCGGAUUAGAAAGCCAAGUGGGCCGUAUCUGCCACACGAACCGUAGAUUGCCCAGGUCUGGUAUACACUGUAAAAGAAAGGGGAGAGCAGUUAAUGAUGAUGACUUAACAGUCGAUUCUUUUGUGCUGCCAUUGUCUGUGUGUGUGUGUUCGUCUACUGAGCUAGUUGUGUUUGUUGUGUUGAUGCAUGUGUGUGUUUUGUGUUUCAUGCUCAGUGUAGAUUAUGAAUUACAUUAAAAUAGAGCACUUAGAAA